CAGAAGUAGUAAGUUAGAAGCUUGUAGGGACGUGAGGAGUGCUAUCCUGGAGCCUGCCAGCACAGCUGUUGAGAUGGAAGCCUCAGAAGGGCAAGGGGGUGAAGGAGAUAAGCCACUAGAGAAGGUAAGGAAUGUUCCCUGUUUAGAGAGGCACUCCAGUACCAUCCUCACCAGAGACUUGCUGGUCCAACAUGCCAAGGGCCUGAACCAGGACACCUUCAACAUUUGUAAAGAAUAUAUAAGACCUCUGAAGAAGUUCCUGCGAAAGUUGAACCUACCCAAGGACUUUCCCCAGAAGAAAAGGAUAAAGUACAUGAAGCAGAGCCUUCAGGCCCUAGGGGACCACAUCCACACCUUUCUGCAGCAUUACUGCCAAGCCUGGGAGAUCAAGCACUGGAAAAAGAUGCUUUGGCGAUUUGUUUCCCUCUUCUCCGACCUGGAAGCAAAGCAGCUUCGCCGCCUCUAUAAGCACACCAAAACCAACCAGAUGGCCAAGUUCCUGGUCACAUUUUGCCCCUUUGAUGCACCAGAAGGAUCUUUGCUGGCCAACCAGGAGGACAGUCUUCCCAGGCUCUGCAGUGCCUGGGGACUGCACGGAAAUAUCAGCUGCAUGAAGGAGAGGCUGUCCAAGAUGAAGGCCCCAGGCCAAGAGGUUGCCAUGCUGGAAGAACUGAGGUCCCCGCACUGCUUCAGAGGAGAUUAUUUAAGGAAACUUCCUCAAAAAACAAAACUGAAGAGAAAGCGGAUUAAGGAAAGCCCAGAAACUCCCAAGAGCUCCCCAUAAGAAGACCCAUAAGGAGAGAGGCUAGCCCUCCCUGAUUCCCUGGGCACUCGUCCAGCCUCUGAA